GUGGGCGGGACGGCACUUAGUCACGGGUCAGUCGCUGCUUGUACGCACCGCUCGGCUCGCGCGGUUUACUUGCCGGUUCUGCGCCGCGCCCACGAUCGCCUGGCUCCUUAUGGGCAGAGGCAGUCCUGAGGCCCCAGAGUGCGCUGUGCCCCAGCCCGGCUGAAAUUAAGAUCCUGACCUUGCUGAGCAUUCUGUUUCCUGUCCACACCUGUAGAAGCUCUGGGCAGGUGGAAUCAUGGCCUUCUCACAGGUGCAAUGUCUGGACAACAGCCACGUCAACUGGCGGUCCAGCGAGUCCAAGCCGGAGUUCUUCUACAGUGAGGAGCAGCGUCUGGCGCUGGAGGCCCUGGUGGCCCAUGGCCCUGAGGCUUUCUAUGAGGUGCUGAAGCGGGAGAAUAUCCGAGACUUCCUCUCAGAGUUGGAGCUCAAGCGCAUCCUGGAAACCAUUGAGGUGUAUGACCCAGGCUCCCAGGACCCUCGGGACUUGAGCUGCUCCCAGGGGUCCGAGGACAAUGGAGUCAGGGGUGGUGAGGAAGCCAGCGGAGCAGAUGGGGCACCCACUGAAGCCGAGCCGCCACCCUCGCUGGAGUAUUGGCCCCAGAAGUCGGACCGCUCCAUCCCACAGCUGGACCUUGGUUGGCCUGACACCAUUGCCUACCGAGGCGUGACCCGGGCCAGUGUCUACAUGCAGCCCCCAAUCGAUGGGCAGGCCCACAUCAAAGAGGUGGUACGCAAGAUGAUCAGCCAGGCCCAGAAGGUGAUAGCUGUGGUCAUGGACAUGUUCACCGAUGUGGACAUCUUCAAGGACCUACUAGACGCCGGCUUCAAGAGGAAGGUGGCUGUGUACAUCAUUGUGGACGAGAGUAAUGUCAAAUAUUUCCUGCACAUGUGUGAGCGGGCCCGCAUGCACCUGGGACACCUUAAGAAUCUCAGGGUGCGAAGCAGUGGGGGAACAGAGUUCUUCACGAGGUCAGCCACCAAGUUCAAGGGUGCCCUUGCCCAGAAGUUCAUGUUCGUGGAUGGAGACCGGGCCAUCUGUGGCUCUUACAGCUUCACGUGGUCGGCCGCAAGGACUGACCGGAACGUGAUCUCCGUGCUGUCCGGCCAGGUGGUGGAGACGUUUGACCGGCAGUUCCAGGAGCUGUACCUCAUGUCACAUGGCGUCAGUCUCAAGGGCAUCCCCAUGGAAAAAGAGCCUGAGCCAGAGCCCAUCAUAUUACCCACCGUAGUCCCGCUGGCACCUUCGGGCACCAUGGCCAAGAAGCUCGUCAACCCCAAGUAUGCACUGGUCAAGGCUAAGAGCGCUGAGGAGAUUGCCAGGGUCUCCUCUGAGAAGCAGGAGGUCAAGAGGCCCCUGGGGCUACGGGGCCCAACACUGGCUGAGCAGCCAGGAGACCUCCCCGAAACACUGCUGCCCAUCCACCCAGGGCUGCUCAACCUAGAGCGGGCCAACAUGUUCGAAUACCUGCCCACGUGGGUGGAGCCAGACCCGGAGCCGGGCAGUGACAUUCUGGGCUACAUCAAUAUCAUCGACCCCAACAUCUGGAACCCCCAGCCCAGCCAGAUAAACCGCAUCAAGAUCCGAGACACAUCCCAGACUGGCACCCAGCUGUGGAGGCAGAACCAGGACUACAGCCCCACCCCAGAGCCCAGCACCCCCCAGGACCAGGUCCCAGCUGGGAAUGGCCUCUCCCAGGAGGACCCUGAGUCACAGCCCCCCAUGCCCAAGCCCCGGACAGUCCCUGUGGCGCAUGUGCUUGCCCAGGAUGGCAGUGAUAUUGGCUGGGCCCUGGAAAGCCGAGAAGAGGAGGUUUCCCAGAAUGGGACAGACUGUGGACUACACAGGACACCAGGCCCAAGCCAGGCGCCACCCCGGCGACAGCUGUCUAUGACCCAGGAUGACCCUGACGGCAGGGGGGCAGUGAUCCUCAAUGGGUUAGAUGGGGAGGAGGAGGAAGACGACGAUGACUACAUAACUCUCAGUGACCAGGACAGCCUCUCAGGCAGCUCUGGCCUUGGCCCUGGGCCCCGGCGGCCCUCAGUGGCCUCUUCCGUGUCAGAUGAGUAUUUCGAGGUGAGGGAUCGUUCAGUUACUCUCCAGAGGCGCCACUCAGAACAGGUAGCCAAUGGGCCAAUCCAGCCCCCCCGCCGACAGCUGAGUGCCCCCCACAUGACCCGUGGUACCUUUGGUGGACCCCUGUGUGGCUCACCAUGGGCUCAGAGUCAAGAGAGAGAAGAGUCGGGCACUUUGAGGAAGACACAGGCCUUGUACUCCACGGACAAGGAGACACAGGGCCAGCAGUUCCACCGUUAUGGAGUCCCUGCCUCGGGUACCAGGGAUAAAGAUGGCUUCCCACGGCCGUUGAGGACCCCAGGACCCCCACGGUACCGCCCUGUUACAGAGGGCACCCAGAGCUCUACCAGGAAAGCAGGCCCCCAUCUCUGGCAGGCCAAGGGUGGCCUCAUGCCCCGCACACUGCCGGAUCCUGGGAGCCCAAAGCUGACCCGAAAUGCCAGGCCCAUGACCGAUGGCAGGGCCACUGAGGCACACCCAAGUCCCUUGGGAAUCCCAUACUCCAAACUUUCCCAGUCUAAGCACCUGAAGGUCAGGACGGGCGGCGGCCAGUGGGCCUCAUCUGAUUCUAAACGAAGGGUUCAGGCCCCCCGAGACAGCAAAGACCCCUAGUACCCUGUCCCCAGGCCUGGAGCCAGGCCAUCUGCGGCCUCUGCCCUAGCUCAGACUCACCAUGCAGGUGUAUGUUUGUGGGGCCGCACGAGGGAUUAGCAUAUGGGCUGCCCAGACCCUCAAGAGCCCACCCUAGAAGACAGGAAGGUGGUGCAAGCAACGAUGAUGACACUUACCUGGUCAGUGCACCAGUACCAGGUGGCCAUGAUGGUCAGACCAAAGGUCAUUCCAGUCCAUGGGAGGUCCCCUGUGUAGGGGUCUCGGAACAUGUGCAUAGCGUCUGCACGUGGCAAAUGGCAGGUUGCGUUGGUGAUGGUCUUGGAUGGGACGGCCCGGGCAUAGGCUGCCGCCAGCUGCUCGUACCCACCGAUCUGGUUGAAAGCUGGUAGGGUUGGGGCGGGACAGGGAUGGGUUGGUGGCUGGUAGCCCCCAUUGUCCUCAUCUCACAAGGAACUUCCUAAUACAUCAAACUUGACUUUUUCCCACUUCACCUUUCCCAGUGUCUGGAAAGGUGUGGAGGGUAGAGGGUAUUCGAAAAAGGUGAAUUCAAAUGACUAUUUUAUUUGUAUUUAAAAUAAUACUAUUAAAUGAUUAUUUUGCACAUGG